UUAAAAUAAAUUUCUUUUUCAUUUCAAAGACACAUCAAAACGCUUAGUUCGAAACCGAUAGAAGAAGCUCUAGACUGAUUUCGAAGCUAUUCCCCGGCAAAACCAGUAACCGGAAAAAUGUCCUGCGGCUCUUCUGAUUGCUCGCGUCUUUGCCGUCUGAUCGAUGAGUCUCUCCGUCCGUACACGGAACCAGAGGCGAUGGUGGUUUCUUUAACGAAAGAGAAGGAGCAACAGAUUCUCAUCGCUCUUUCUAAGGUCUCGAAAGAAAUUCAGCUUUGGACUCGAAAACUCCAUCGCUGUUCUGACAAUGGCAAGGAAGCAGAAUCGGCCUGUAGUAGUGAGUACUCAAACUCUGAGGAUCAUCACUGUUUGGCUAAGAUCGUAGCUGACUUGAUAGUUUUGCUAACUUUGGAGAGUCAAUAUGUUCAACAUCUGGCAGGCAAUGUGCUCAGUUUCAUUUCUCAGUUUUUAGAAGCAUCUGAAAGUGACUGGGAAAGAUUCAUCCAUUUGGUUUGUGUUUGCGUGGAAUUGGCAAUGGCCAACACACUUUCAUAUUCUUCUGCACCAUCAAACACUGGAGCCGAAGAUAGUUCUAAUUCAUCAAACUUUUAUGCUGUUGUGAAACCUAGGCUACAAAAUACUAACUGGUCUACAGUGGCUGGCAUCAUUCGAGUUUUACGUAAUAUUUUGAAAUAUUUGAAGCAAGACUAUGAUGAACACCUUCUUGAAGUGUACUUAGAUUCUGUAGAUUCUUGUCUUUCAAAUGUGCGUUGGGAUUUGUUGGAUGAGAGUUGUGACGGUCAGAACAGUGGUUCUCAGAAGAGCUUUUCUGCAGAUGCUUCAUUUCUCAGAAACGCCAGUGUGUUGCAAAAGCCAUGUGUCAUGUUUCUAGGAACUUUCCUUCAGCUACUCUGUUCCUUGGUCGGCGAAAGUGAUUUUGUGGAAGCCACGGGUGUUUCAAUUCAUAAGCAUCCAAUUCAUCUUAAAAUCGUUAACCUUGUGCCUAAAGUUUUAUACUGGUGCCUUGGCAAGCAAGGAGAUUGUGUUGAGACAUGCAUCUCUCAGUACUUUAGACAUAAGUUGUUGGUUCUAAUGGUCAGGCUUAGUUUUCAAACACGUCUGGAAUGUUCCACUCUUGUUUCAUGGCUACAAUUUCUCCAUACUUACUUUCAAGAGGUUUUGCAGCAGCCCAUAACUCAACCCAAGUCUUGUCAGGAUGAUUCUCUAGAAGGCUCUCCAUUUUUAUUGAGUGUUUCUGAUGGAGAAAUAAAUAGUCUGCACUCGCACCAUAUACAGAGGCAGGCUGUUUUUCUUUUCCUAAGGCUUUCCUUCAGUUUGAUCAGUCAAGAAAACACUGACAAGCAAUGUUUAUGCAUAACUCCAAAUUCAUGCUUAACCUAUGAAUCAAAUUCGGACCUGGAAUGUUGCUUUAGAAAGAAGGGUUUGUUAGAGCUCUAUAAGUGGUUUCAAGGAAAUCUUCCAACUGAGAUGUUUUUGAACCAUGAAUUGUAUUUUGAAAGAUGUGUAAAAUUUGCCUCAUCCUUCCUUCAGUUAUUCAUGCACGAGGAUGAUAUAUUAUUUAAAAUGCUCUUGCAACUACUUGGUGUACCUUUUUGCGCAGAGCAACAGCUUUGUAACGAAGAAAGGAUGUUUCAAGAUGUCAAGGAAGAUACUCUUUUUCAUGUUCCAAACCUUUUUAAUCCUGUACACCUAUUCCAUCUAUUUCUUUCAGAGUUACACUACGAUCACCAAGUUCUUCUUGAUUACCUUAUAUCAAAAGACACAGGAAUCAGUUGUGCAGAAUAUCUUUUAAGGUGCUUGCGCAUAGUAUGCGACUCAUGGCGCUUAUUUGUGGAAUUUUCUUUGGAUGGGAAAGUUAUAAACCAAUCUUCUUGCAAGAAAAGAAAAGUGUCAUUGGAUGGCUCAAAUUUUCGGGUAGAUGUAACACCUGGACCUGUGAAAAACAUUGGAAUUCUCACAUCACUUGAGAAGGAAUGCAACAGAGACAAUGAACAUGCCCGCAAGCACUAUAUAACACAGCCAUUUGGAGGAGCCAGAGAGUGUUUGCUUUUAUUAAGAAAUUCUGUUGAUAGUCUUCACAAGAAGAAGUUGUUUCCAUAUAAUCCAGAAGUGCUUCUGAAACGUUUGACAAGAUUUCAGGAGCUCUGCUUCAAGGAAGAGAAAUAACUUUGAGGAAUUGUUUAGGAGCAUCAUUUAUUUCUUUGGAGUAAAGG